ACCUUGACCGGAGCAGAAAAUUAUAUAGACAAAUUACAUACCUACGGACUCGUGAAUAUUUACUGAAUAUGAAAAUGCAAACUUCUCGAGAUUCCACGGCCUCUGAAAGAAGUAUUUAUCAUCCGAAACCCCGGAUUCACGGAUUUGAGAGGGGCACCCCGGAGAUUUAGUUUCGGCUGCGCUAGCCGGUGGCCGUUUCUACCCGUUUCUGAUGACGUCAUAACGUGUAGGUUAUUUGGCCACUCGGUAUAGCAGCUGGUUCUUCGCAUGGUGGUCGAUUGCAGUUAUCAGCAUGUCAAAACGGAGUAACACAGAUGAGGAAGGUGAGCCCAGCAAGAAGCCGAAGCCUGUUGGGGGAAACCGGUGUGUCUUGUAUGGGUGCAGCAACACUAUUCAUGAUGGCUUUGCCAUACAUGAACUACCGAAGGAAGGAUCCAUCAGGCGAGCAUGGGUGAAGUUCAUUCAACUGAAGUUAAAAGGGUUCGAUGCCCGAGAAAGGGUCCAUGUCCAUGUCUGCAGUGGUCAUUUUGAGCGAGACCAGUAUGAUUCGUCUCAAGUCUUGAAGUUUAAGUAUGGCUUCAGGAAAAUUACGCCGCGCCUUCUACCAAAUGCCAUUCCCCGUCGGCAGCAGGCUGUUCAACCCUUUACAGAUCAUUGGUUCCUCAAACCAACAACGACAACAUCAUCAACGUCAACAGUGUCAUCAACAAUGAUUUCACCAACAGUGUCAUCACCAAUGAUUUCAUCACCAACAACGUCAACACCAAUAACGUCUACGCUAACAGUAACAACGUGCUUGAGCUCGACUAGAACCAGAACUGUCCAUUCUACAAAGAUAGCAGUGUCCUCUCUAGACAGCCAGAAGAAACGUGUGGGUAAACAAGGAGGCCAUGCCCAUAAUCAACCAAUUACUUUUGCCGAUGCAAGCACGUGUACAUCACCAACAAUGCCAACUACCAGUGGAAACAGACGUCGAGUGUCUGUGCUCAGUCUGAAGAAGGAGGUUCAAAGGAUAACUGAGGAAUACGCUCGUAAGGAAGAGGAAGAAGCAGCACAACAAGCAGCAGAAGAAGCAGCUAGGAGGGACCGAGAAAACAAUAAAGCUAUCCAGGCAUCUCCCACGAUGAUUGAUAAGCAGUUUCAAAAAAGACCUAAAACUCGAACCUGUGGAAUACAAGUUAAACCUGUGAAGCCUGUCAAACCUGUCAAGCCUGUCAAGCCUUUACAAAAAGAGAAAGGAGUACAGAUUACACUUUCUUCUAGCUUGGAGAAGGCAGAGAGACAAGUUUCGAUGAGGACAUCAGCAACCCAAACUGAGGACACUGGUGCAGAACAGGAGACUUUUGAUGAGCCAGAAGAUGAACAUGAAGAACCUGAAGAACCCGAUGACAAGCGGAAAGAUCCAGAUUAUGAACCCGAAAAUGAAUUGGAGGAUGAAGCUAAUGAAGAAGUUGAGAACAUGAAAAUACCAUCCGAUAUAAUUGAUCAGCCCAAGUAUAUUGUUUUUGAGGAUCAGCUUUUGGAGCUCUUCAAAAAAUGCAGGCAUUGCCACCUCCCCUGCUCUUCAGUAGUUCAUCACCCACCGACAUUUGGCAGUAGAGUCAAAGUGAUCUCCACAUGUGACGAAUGUGACGGGAAAUUUGAAUGGUCAUCCCAGCCAUCAGUGGGAAAUUUGUAUGCUGGCAACAUACUUUUGUCAUCUGCAAUUUUAUUUGCUGGUGCGAGCCCAACAAAGGUUCUCAAAACUCACAAACACAUGAACUUAAUAUCAAUUUCGACAACAACAUUCAACGAACACCAGUCUAGAUAUCUUCAGCCAGCAAUAGUGAAAGAAUACAGGAGGACCCAGGCAGAGACAUUUGACGAGAUCAGAGCGAGUGAAGCGGGCCUCAUCCUUGGAGGGGAUGGGAGGAGUGACUCACCUGGGCAUUCUGCCAAGUACGGCUCGUACACGAUGAUGGACCUGAAGAGCAACAAGGUCAUUGAUGUCCAGCUUGUGCAAUGUACAGAGGUUAAGAACUCAAAUGCAAUGGAGCUAGAGGGACUCCGGAGGGGCCUGCGGAUACUUGACGAUGCUGGUGUGAUUGUACAAGGCAUAGUGACAGAUCGUCACAUGCAGAUAGCGAAGUUUCUCCGUGAGACGUACCAACAAAUUGAUCACCGAUAUGAUGUCUGGCACAUUGCGAAAGGGUUAAAGAAGAAGCUAAAAGCAUUGGCCAAGAUGAAGGACUGUGGAUUGGUUCAAGAUUGGUUGAGGGCCUUGGUAAACCAUGUAUACUGGACUGCCUCUUCUACUCCGGAUGGAGAUAAGGAUGUCAUGAAAGCCAAGUAUAGAGGGCUAUGAACCACAUCAGAAAUCUUCACACAGAUGAAAACCCAGAGUACACUGCUUGUGAACAUGGUGAUGACUAUCCAGAGCGAGAAUGGUUGC